AUGUCGAGUUCCGUAAAAACACGCGACUCUGCGCUUAACGCCAUUAAGCGGUAUAUGACCAAGAGUACGGACGAUGCUUUUACAAUGGAUGCAGAAAGCAUAAAAAGCUAUAUGCAACUGCUCAGAGAGCAGUGGGCUCGCUUUAAUAGCGCUCAAGAUACGGUCGAAAUUUCGUGCGGAAGUGACAAUAUAGACAUCGAAGAAAGUGUGCGAAUCCAAGCUGAGACGUGGUACUCUACGGCUUUAGCAAACUUCAACCGCGUACAGAAGUGUCGUGCCGAAGCGCAACCCGCGUCCGUGACAACGCCCGUGUCUGCAGCAAUACGACUGCCAAAGAUGGAGCUGCCCAAAUUCUCUGGGGACUCCACGGAGUGGAUCGGUUUUUUUGACGCUUUUUCUACCUUGGUCGACGGUAAUGCCGCAUUGUCAAAUGGUCAAAAACUUCAUUAUCUUCGUAGUUGUUUAAGUGGUGACGCGUUAAAAAUCAUAAGUGGGUUUAAGAUAUGUGAUGUUAACUAUGAAGAAGCUUGGGACCUACUAAAAUCGCGGUAUAAGGUCAUGCGCGUUAUAGUUGAAGGACAUUUUAGAGCUAUGGCCAACGUAAAGAGGGCAGCUAGUGAUACCGCCGACGCAAUUAAGGGAGUGAUCGACGCCUUCCAGCAACACAUACGCGAGCUUAAGGCUUUGGGACGUCCAGUGGAGUUUUGGGACGAUUGGCUAGUGUACGAACUAGUCAAUAAAUUAGACUUCGAGACACGAAAGCAAUGGGAGCUAUCACUCGUUACUGAUGAGCCCCCGUCAUUCGAACAGCUGUCCACGUUUUUAGAAGUUAGAUGUCGUUCUCUAUCAAUGCUAUCAUCGUCAACGGUAUUAGUGUCAGCUAAGGGUAAAACCGCGUCGGUCUGUAAGUCUACAAAAGUGUUUCACGCAGUGCAAGAUCAGAACAGCACGGGCUGUACAUUUUGUAACGGGUCACACAAAAUAUACAGUUGUGAAAAAUUUCGGGACCUUGACGCAAACGGUAAAUCGAAAUUUGUGAGAGAAUCGCGCGUGUGUAUGAACUGCUUGAGUUCAGGCCAUUAUAAGGCAAGGUGUAACAGCACAUCUGCAUGCAGGAUUUGCCAUCAACGCCAUCACACGCUGUUGCACAAUACUGCCGCUAUAACUAACGCUACAACCGUUUCUCAUUUCGUCAACAGCGCCUCUCUUAGGCCUUUCUCCUCCGCCGCAGACGUCAUGCAUCAAACGAACGCAACCGUUUCAUCCGCUAACGGUCCUUCCACAGACAUCGCUGCUGCCUGUACGUCUUCAUAUUUGAAUGCCAAUCCCAACCAGCCUCAUCCAAGAGAAAGGACUGUGCUGUUGGCAACCGCCUUGGUCAAGGUACGCGAUUGCUCUGGUCAUUGGCAACCCGCUCGCUUGCUGUUUGAUUCUGGUUCGCAUGCUUCCUUCGUAACCGAGUCAUGUGUACAACGCUUGGGAUUACCGCGAAGAGGGUCCGCAAUAUUGAUUUCUGGAAUUGGUUCCUCCCAAGGGAUACGCUCUAGAGGUGAAGUAUUACUUUCAUUAUCAUCUCAUUUUUCAGCCCAAUGCUUUACUGUUGACGCAUUGAUUCUGCCUAAAAUCACAAGUGAUUUGCCAACACAGCCCUUGAAGGUGUCGGCGUGGCCGCACAUACAAGAUCUACUUUUAGCCGAUCAGCACUUCAUGAAACCCGGGCGUAUCGAUAUCUUGGUCGGAAUGGACGUCAUGGGACAGCUCCUCUGCUCGGAGAUUCGUAAGGGGCCACCCGGUACGCCCUUGGCUCAACGAACGGUUUUCGGUUGGACGCUGUUUGGAAAUGUCGAUGGAUCCGAAUCCCCUUCGCACGGCUUACAGUCUCUGCAUUGUGAAGUCCAUUUAGAUCGAGCACUCACUAGACUUUGGGAGUUAGAAGAAGCACCGAAAAAGGCCCACCUCACCUACGAAGAACGCUAUUGUGAAGAGCUUUUCGAAAAAACGCACAGAAGGUCACCUGACGGUCGAUUUAUAGUAGAGCUGCCGCUGAAAUCUGACGUACCCUUGGGAGCAUCGCGAAGUUAUGCUGUUCGAAGUCUACUAAGCCUCGAAAAAAGGCUUGCGCGAGAUGACGACCUACGCCAACGCUACAAUGAGUUCAUACAAGAACUCAUCGACAUGAAGCACAUGGAACUUGCACCACCGCCAACGGAUCAAACGUUUUAUAUGCCGCAUCACCCCGUUGUAAAAGAGUCAAGCGUCACGACUAAAUUGAGAGUCGUGUUCAAUGCGUCCGCCAAAACCACCACCGGGAAUUCGUUGAACGAUGCAUUAUUUGUUGGUCCCCAAUUGCAACCAGAUUUAUAUUCAAUUCUAACUCGUUUCAGAACACAUCGCUACGCAGUAACCGCGGACAUCGCGAAAAUGUACCGCCAAAUAUGCAUGUCCACGAAAAACCUCGAUCUACAACGCAUUGUCUGGCGUCGUGACCCGACGUUACCCAUAAAAGAUUAUCGCAUGUUGCGCGUUACUUAUGGUGUUGCCGCUGCGUCCUACUUAGCCGUUAAAUCGCUGCAACAAACCGCAAAAUAUUCUUCACACAUUUGCGAGAAGGCUGCUGCCAUCAUCCAUGAGGACUUUUACAUGGAUGAUCUCCUCACUGGUGCGUCUUCUAAAGAAGAGCUGCUAAGUUUACAACGAAACGUCUCCGAAAUACUGAAGGAAGGGGGCUUCGAACUUCGAAAAUGGGCGUCUAAUUGUGCGGAACUUUCUGAAAAUGUUUCGAACGCAUCGGAGAAUAUAUCACACUACCUAGUCGAUACUAAAGAUGUCCAUGCCUUGGGCCUGAUAUGGAAUACAGAGGAGGACUACUUCACGUUCUCAGUUAAGCUGAAUCAACCAUCCACUAUUUUACCGAAGAGAACAUUCUUGUCUGAUGCUAGCACACUUUUCGACCCAUUGGGUCUGCUCGCUCCAGCGACCAUAAGGUCAAAGAUGUGGUUUCAGGAGAUCUGGCGUAUGAGUGUCGGUUGGGAUGACGUUGUUCCAGACUGCAUCGCAGCACAGUGGCGACAACAUCGCUCGGAACUACUACUGCUAUCGAGUUUGAAGAUAAGUCGCUGGUUUGGCUCAGGAGCAGGUGAGUCGUUCACUGAGCUACAUAUUUUCGCUGACGCUUCCGAACGCGCUUACGCUGCCGUAAUGUACGCGCGCACGUUACACAACGACGGCAGUAUUACCGUUGUGCUGAUCUCGUCGAAGACUAAGGUAGCACCACUUAAAACAACAACCCUGCCACGCUUAGAAUUGUGCGCUGCACAUCUUGCUGCAAAAUUGGCGCGAAGCGUGUUACAUAGCUGGGGUGAUCUCCGCUAUCCGAUCUAUGCUUGGACUGACUCCACUAUUACAUUGGCAUGGCUUCAGGCGCAUCCUAGUAAGUGGAUAACCUUCGUUGCCAAUCGCGUUGCUGACAUCCAAGAAGUCUUACCGCCUGAAUGUUGGAAUCAUAUCCGCUCUGAACUGAAUCCAGCAGAUUGCGCUUCUAGAGGUGUAACUCCGUCCGAACUACUGCAUCAAAAACUAUGGUGGUCUGGUCCUGAAUUCUUAAAAGGUCCUGAUCAUUUCUGGAAGUUAUCAUCUUCGCAACACACAACUCAGUUGGGCGUUCGUAGCAAGGUCGUCGCCCAUGCUACGAGCUCAGAUGACCACUGGCCGGUAUUGAUGAAAUAUUCAUCGUAUUCCAAGCUGCGCCGCAUCAUUGCUUACGUGUUAAGGUUUUUCGUCAACGCUCGUGUUAAGACACGAAUCAACGCUGCUAAACGGGUCGGUCCUCCCUGCUGUCAAGAGCUAUCCGAAGCUGAACUACGCUUGAUAAGAAGAAAGCCGAUUCCGCUUCGGAGUAGUAUUUUGACAUUGCAGCCAUAUCUCGAUGGGAAAAACGUCUUGCGAGUAGGAGGUAGGAUCAAGAACGCUGAAGUAGCUGCUGAUGUAAGACAUCCGAUUAUCCUGCCCAAAAACUGCCCACUUGCGAAACUGAUCAUUCGCGAUAUUCACGAAAUUACAUUACACGCUGGACCCCGCAUCAUGCAAACCAUCCUGCAACGUCGAUAUUGGGUUAUUGGCGCCCGCAGCCUAAUUCGUAGCACAUAUCGCAAAUGCGUAAAGUGCACCUGUCUCAACCGCAAUCUUGCCGCACAAUCAAUGCGGGAUUUACCUGCGAUCCGCACCACCUACGCACGCUGUUUCAUCCACGCUGCUGUCGAUUUUGCUGGACCAUAUUCUUACAAGUUCACUCAUGGGAGAGGAGCGAAAGCCACCAAGGGUUAUAUCUGCGCUUUUAUUUGCAUGUGCACCGGGGCGAUGCAUUUAGAGUUUGUUGGAGAUCUAUCAACAUCGAGUUUCCUCAAUGCCUUUCAAAGAUUUGUAAGCCGCAGAGACUCUAACAUCGAAUGGCGUUUCAACCCUCCGUCCGCGCCUCAUAUGGGGGGGUAUUGGGAGAUUGGAAUAAAAAGAGUAAAAUAUCAUCUGAAACGUGUUAUGAGCGAAAUUCUUCUGUCCUACGAAGAGUUCAACACACUGAUAACAGAAGUAGAAGCCUGCGUCAACUCCCGCCCACUCUGUGACAAUUCUGCAGCCGCUGGUGAUGUAGAGGUACUUACGCCUGGCCACUUCAUUGUCGGUGAACCGCUUAAAUCUAUCCCGGAGCCUGAGGGUCAAGGGCUCCGUGGAAAUCUGCGUCAGCGGUGGCAAGCGAUCUCUGCCAUGAGACAGCAUUUCUGGCGCCGUUGGAGAGACGAAUAUCUCGUCAACUUGCAACGUCGUGCCAAGUGGCUUCGCCCUUCACGCAACAUCGAAGAAGGUGAUGUAGUUGCAGUCUUCAACGAACCUACCCCUCCGACGAAGUGGACGCUGGCACGUGUUAUUAAAUGCCACCCUGGCGCCGAUGGACGCGUGAGAGUGGUUACCCUGAAAACUCCGCAUGGCGAAUUAGUUCGGCCCAUAGUAAAGCUCUGCCCUCUACCAACGAAAGGAGACUUAUUUCACGAAGAAACUACCGAUUCAUCAUAA